CCGCCCAGCGGGGGUAUACGGUGACGCUCGCUGAUCAGACAGCGGUCACUGGAGCAGCAGAGCUCGAGGUAGAACCUUCUUUUAACCGUCAGCAGCCGACACUUGGAGUUUCAAGGAUGAGAUGCAAUAGGGAAAGAACUUUCUUGCUGGUGGGAGUUAUGGGCUUCUUGGUAUUUUAUCUCAGUAAAGAUUUUAUGGACCACAAAAACAUCCACCUCAACAUAGAUGUGAGAGGAGAUGACAUUAAAAUAAGGCAACACACCCCGAAUCACUCCUACGUCUACUCUUGGCCAAGAUGUGAAAGAAAUGUGUCUGCUGCAAACAUUACAGGGUUCAGCUCCCUAUCCGGUGAGAUAAAAGACUUUCUCUAUUAUCGACACUGUAAACAUUUCCCGAUGCUACUGGACCUUCCUGACAAGUGUGGAGGAGUGGAUAAAUCCGCUGAAGUCUUCCUUCUACUUGUCAUUAAAAGUUCUCCUGUGAACUACGAGCGCCGGGAGGUGCUGCGUAAAACCUGGGCUAAAGAGCGGUUGCACAAUGGCGUGUGGGUCCGAAGAAUCUUCAUCUCAGGAACGAUGGAUACCGGAUUUGAGAAAGAGAGACUAAACAAACUACUUGAGCUGGAGCAACGAGAGUACAGCGACAUCCUCCAAUGGGACUUUAAUGAAAGAUUCUACAACCUCACCUUGAAACAGGUACUCUUCCUUCAAUGGAUGGAGAGAAACUGUCCUAACGUUCGCUUCCUGUUAAAUGGGGAUGAUGAUGUUUUUGCCAACACAAACAACAUGGUUGUGUAUCUCCAAGGCCUCGAGAACAACGACGGAGGCAAGCACCUCUUCACUGGCCAUCUGAUCCAGAAUGUGGGGCCCAUUAGAUAUCCAUCAAGCAAAUAUUUUAUCCCAGUUCAGGUACAAGAAUCAAACUCAUAUCCCCCCUACUGUGGUGGCGGGGGCUUCCUGCUGUCUGGCUUCACAGCUUCUGUCAUAUACAAUAUGUCCCAGUCCAUAACUCUUCUCCCCAUUGAUGAUGUUUACAUGGGGAUGUGUCUGGCUAAAGCAGGACUGAGUCCUUCUUCUCACAUGGGUGUGAAGACGGCAGGACUGUACAUUCCCUCCAGCAAACUAGAUGGAUACGAUCCCUGCUAUUAUAAAGAAGUUUUACUGGUACACAGAUUCCUUCCAGCUCACUUGUACCUUAUGUGGAACAGGGUAAAUAAUCCCAAUCUGAAAUGCAAUACCCAGCUAAAGGUAUGAGGGUGAUAAUAUAUACUGAUCAUACAUAGUCUUCAUAAAAAGCCAUAAAAGACCAGUUGUGCCUGUAUGUUUGCAUUCAGUGCACCUCACCCAGAAACCACUGCUAACUAUGCAAAAGAGGUUUAGGAGGAAUAAAUGCCUUCGUGGAACUUUUUAAAUACACAACCAAAAUCACAAGGCAUCUCCAGGAAGAAAUGUAGAAACAUGUUUU